AUGGCGUCUCCCCAGGACGCGAAUGCCCAGCUGCUAUACACCCCGAAUGUCGUUCACAACCAGUCCUUGAGCUCAGUCAAGUUCAUAUCUUCUUGCUUCGCCGGCGCCGUCGCGGGAAUCCUGGGGCUCGAGAACUGGCACGGCUUCGCGCUCUUCCUCGCAUCCAUCCUCUCCACGUCCUUCGUCAUCUACGCUGUGAACUGCAAGGGCAAACCUGCCAAGUAUCUCACGGGCGGUCUCUCAGAGCUCACGAUGCCCGGCCAGGACAACAUAUUCACAUUCAUACUCGUGUGGACACUGAGCUAUGGCAUAGUACAUGUUUAUGACUGAGCAUCAUCACCGCUCAUACCGGUAUACUUGAUCCAUUUUGCUCUGGAUGGCUGGCAGAAGUGGACCGAGAGAUUCGCUAGGAUCGGACGAGUGUUGAUCUGGGAGCCUCGGUUCUGUCAGUAAGCUAGGGCAUGGGUUCAAUCGGGUCAUGAACGGUGCAGUCUGUCAUGGAAUAGGAUAUGAAUUUCUCAUGAUGGCGCGCGAUUGCAAAGUAUGCGCUCU